GUAGUGAUGAUUGAUCUGAGAAGUCUUCUCCAUGAUGACUUCAUUUCAUGGCGGCAAUUUCUUUUGAGGAGGAAAGCAGGACUGGCGUGCUGCGAAAGCGUUGGAAAAGGAAGGAGAAGAUUUUCCAGAGGAUACUGUGCGAAAGUCGAGCUCCAGCAUGUGUGUGGUAUGGUUAUGGAGAGAGUUGAAAGUUUUUAACGAAGUGCUGCUGCUUUAUUUUCGGUUCAUUGAUUGAUUGGCAGGAAUUGAAGUGCAUAUGCGAAGAUUGGACAAAAUUAAUGCGUCUGCGAGCGAUUGAUUGAUUGAAUUGAAUCGAAUUGAAUUGAAUUACAGCGGCACCAAUAAUUAGUGGAAGUUACUCGAAAGUUAGGGAUGGAAAAGGGGGAAAAGGUGAGACAGUUAAUUGGGGAAAAGUUGAAACGCGGAGUUUCGAUUGGGAAGCGCGAGGGGAAUUCCACACCUUCGCCUACUUGGAAUUUCGGAUUUGUUCAACCUGAUGGUACUCUGCUUCCCGAUUUCCAUCUCUCCUCGACCUCUAAUUGUCUGUCUGCUAGGAAAUUGGGAGCCAAUCUUUGGGAAAUGCUGCCAGAAAGUAACCCUAGCCUGGCAAAGCUGAGGAAAAUUCGACUUCAUCAGAAAGGGGAAAACACUGAAUCCAAGGAGUUAGGAGGGGAACACGACGAGCAGCCGGCAAGUGGCGUUGAUUUAGGAGAAGCGGCUGCGGCAUCACCGACACAACACAAUCUACGAGUGAAAAAGGCGGUGCAAGCUCAACAGCCCGCGUCUCCUGCUAGCUACCGUAGCUCUAUGGAGAUGCCUCCGUAUAGACCGGCCAUAGCACCAAACGACUCUGUACUCGCCAAGGGUAAACUUGGAGAGUCGAGUCCGAGCCUCAGGACGUCAACCGAGUUGCUUAAAGUUCUCAACAGAAUCUGGAGCCUCGAGGAGAAGCAUGCGUUGGAUAUGUCGAUCGUAAAAAUGCUUAGACGGGAGCUGGACCAGUCGCAGGAACAAAUACAAGAACUGCUUCAAGAGAAGAAGACAGAUCAAACAGAAAUCAAUAAUCUGACGAAGCGCCUAUCGGAGUAUGAAGUCGCGAUGAAAAAGGAGAGGGAAGGCAAGAUAGAGGACGAACAUAAAUUACGAAGAAACUCCGAUCGAUUCACUCGUAAGUCGGGCAACGAGCUUCUCGAUUUGAAAUCUUUACUGUCCAACACUUUAAAAGAGCUCGAGCGAGAGAGGAAAGCGAGAACACUGCUCGAAGAUCUUUGCGACGAGUUUGCCAAAGGGAUAGGAGAUUACGAGCAAGAGCUUCGAUCUAUGAAGCACAAAUAUUGCGAGGAUCAGACUAAAAGGGACGGCGAUAGUCGAUUAAUCCUUCACAUUUCCGAAGCCUGGUUAGACCAGCGAUCUCAGAUGAAGCUAUCGGAACCUCAUGUUUUCGAAAAGUCGUCUGAUUUGGACAAACUAUGCUUCGAAAUCGAGGGAUUUCUCCAAGCGAAGCAAUCAGGUAAGAACAAUUCAAUCCCUGUGAAGAAUUGUUUCGAAUUGUUUCGUUUGAACGAGCCUGCAAGUGCUCCAUGGAAGGCAAUCGAAGAAGAUGACUCAGUUGAAAGAAGUGCAAUAUCGAAAGUGGGCAAGAAAAAGGUACAAACCUUGAAGGAUCUCGAUGCAUCUACGUCGCUAAUGCAGCAGAAGUCUCCAUACACAUAUAGUAAUUCAAGAAAGAGUAGAGAAGGGGAGACGAUGCACAGACCUUUACGGGAAGGAAAGAACAGGAUGUUCGACACUAAUGGCGACGAUCUCCACAAUACGGCAGCUUCAAGACAAGUUAAGAAUCUGGAAGGGUCUAUAAACUCGUCAAUGUUUACGGGCCCUUCGAGUCCUGUAAAGAAAUGGAUUUCAGAUACGUACGAUUCCAGCACUGCUUUGAGGUGGCCGGGAAGCAUCAAAUCCGGUUCUUUGAAGACAAAGCUAAUGGAGGCGCGCGUCGAAGGCCUGAAGUCUCGUCCCAUGGGCUCGCCCUCGCCCUCGUCGUGA